AUGGAUGAUGCAGGUGAAGAUGGUAGCGUCUACAAGAAAUCAAUCAAGGUGGAAGAUCAGUCCCAGGAAAGCUUGACACUGUCAGGAAGUAAUCCUUUGUCACAAGUCACAGCUGCAGAAACUGUUGGUGAACAUAAUGUGGUGUUCACUGUCAAAGUGGCCAUAGCUGUGUCUUCAGAGGCAGAUGGUCUGAGGGCUACCACUAGUAAACAGGUGUUAGAUGCUCCCCAUGCACAGAACUACUACCACCUGGAGUACAGCCUGCUGCCAGGGGCCGAGCUCUUGAAGACCGAUGUGGUCACAUACGGAGCAGCCUGCAAGAUCUACAUGGACAAGCAUGAAGCUCGCGUGGUGAAAACCUGGCAGGAAGAGGAUGUCACUUGGUUUGCUUGGGCUUAUAGUCAAAACGUUGCAGUGUCCAAAGAGGUGUUGCUGAAAAUGUUUAACCACACAGUAGAGCUUAGGCUCUGGAACACGAAGGAGAUGUGUUCUUCUAGAGCUAGGUUUGACAAACCUAAAGCCUUUAGGCUACCGCAGCCUAAGCCAGAUGAGAAGCCGGAAGACAUUGGGGGUGUCAAAGCAAUGGUUACAGAGAUUUUGAAAAACUAUAAUGCUAUGCAACCAAAGAAGGGAGCCAUGAUGAGGCCUCUGGUGUCAGAAAAGAAAAAGAUUGGUAAAUGUUUUAAUAUUCUAUGCUUUAAAUUACAUUUUUUUUUUUUUUAUGUGGGUUCCGG